ACUCUUCGGGUGAAGAUGGCGGAGCGCGGUUACAGCUUUUCGUUGACUACGUUCAGCCCUUCUGGUAAACUUGUCCAGAUUGAAUAUGCUUUGGCUGCUGUAGCUGGUGGAGCCCCUUCAGUGGGAAUUAAAGCUGCAAAUGGUGUGGUAUUAGCAACGGAGAAGAAACAGAAAUCUAUUCUGUAUGAUGAGCGAAGCGUACACAAAGUGGAACCAAUUACCAAACAUAUAGGCUUGGUAUAUAGUGGCAUGGGCCCAGAUUAUAGAGUGCUUGUGCACAGAGCUCGAAAACUAGCUCAGCAAUAUUAUCUUGUUUACCAAGAACCCAUUCCUACAGCUCAGCUGGUACAGAGAAUAGCUUCUGUGAUGCAGGAAUAUACCCAGUCAGGUGGUGUCCGUCCAUUUGGAGUUUCUUUACUAAUUUGCGGUUGGAAUGAGGGACGACCAUAUUUAUUUCAGUCAGAUCCAUCAGGAGCUUACUUUGCCUGGAAAGCCACAGCAAUGGGAAAGAAUUAUGUGAAUGGGAAAACUUUCCUUGAGAAAAGAUACAAUGAAGAUCUAGAACUUGAAGAUGCCAUUCAUACAGCCAUAUUAACCCUGAAGGAAAGCUUUGAAGGGCAAAUGACAGAAGAUAACAUAGAAGUUGGAAUCUGCAAUGAAACUGGAUUUAGGAGACUCACUCCAACUGAAGUUAAGGAUUACUUAGCUGCCAUAGCAUAAUAAUGAAGUGACUGAAAAAUCCAGAAUUUCAGAUAAUCUCUGUACUUAAACAUGUUUAAAGUAUGUUUUGUUUUGCAAACUUUUUGCAUACCUAUUUCUACAUGAUUUAAUGGACUGAUGUUUUUAAAUGACACUUAUAAAUCAUAAUAAACUGUUAAAUCCAACUUCCAGCUUUUUAGGAGUUAGUAAAUUUUUUAAAAUAGUAAUUUUCCUGCUUUAUAUCACAGUUGAUUUCUGGAAACUACAUUGCAAAUCAGAAUGGUGAAAUCACUCUUUAGUCUUUAUGCAGUUUGGUUAAGUCAGAUCUUACUACCCUCUUUACUACCAGAUAUUGUCGAUGCUGUUUUUGGUAAACACUACUUUUAGAGCUGAGAGAAUCUGCAGACUUUCAUGAAUUCAUGAAAUGAGGUAGGAAACACAGAUGUUUCUUAGGCACCAUUAGGUGUGAGUCAGUAAAACCCGAGAAUGUUCUAUGAGGUAAAACUGUAGCUUUGAAAAGUACUAUGCCAAAUAGUCUCCUAUAAGAGACAUACUGUGUAAAUCAGUAAAUUAUGUUCUGGUUCCUGUUGGUUUCUUCAUCACAAGUAGAUAAAUGUAUUCUAAAAGAACUCUUUAGUUUUACUAGACUUUUAAAGUCAAGGCUGGAUGGACAUGAGUGCUGGAAAUAAAGUACUAAUAAUUAAGUGCC